AUGAAGGGUGCUCUGCUGACCGCAGCUGUGCUGCUCGGCUCUGCUCAGGGCGCGGUUCACAAGCUGAAGCUGCAGAAGGUCCCCCUCUCAGAGCAGCUUGAGGCGGUCCCCAUCAACAGCCAGCUUGAGCAUCUCGGCCAGAAAUACAUGGGACUUCGGCCACGGCAGUCUCAUGCAAGUGCCGUUUUCAACGGCAUGGUUGCCGAGGUCAAGGGCAACCACCCAGUCCCGAUCUCCAACUUCAUGAACGCCCAAUACUUCUCCGAGAUCACGAUCGGGACUCCCCCUCAGACAUUCAAGGUGGUGCUGGACACCGGCAGUUCCAAUCUCUGGGUCCCCUCUACCGAGUGCGGCUCGAUCGCGUGCUACCUGCACUCCAAGUAUGACUCGUCGGCUUCGUCUACUUACAAGGCGAACGGAACCUCAUUCGAGAUCCGGUACGGUUCGGGCAGCCUCAGCGGCUUCGUCUCUCAGGACACGAUGACUAUUGGCGAUAUCACGGUCAAGGGCCAGGACUUCGCCGAAGCUACCAGCGAGCCCGGCCUGGCGUUUGCGUUCGGUCGCUUCGAUGGCAUCCUCGGCCUCGGCUAUGACACCAUCUCAGUCAACCACAUCGUCCCACCAUUCUACAAGAUGGUGGAGCAGAAGCUCAUUGACGAGCCCGUCUUCGCCUUCUACCUGGCUGAUACUAACGGCGAGUCCGAGGUUGUCUUUGGCGGUGUCGACAAGGACCACUACAAGGGCAAGAUCACCACCAUCCCGCUGAGGCGCAAGGCUUACUGGGAGGUUGACUUCGAUGCUAUCUCGUACGGCGAUGACACCGCCGAGCUCGAGAACACUGGCGUCAUCCUGGACACCGGCACCUCUCUGAUCGCCCUGCCCAGUCAGCUUGCCGAGAUGCUCAACGCUCAGAUCGGGGCCAAGAAGAACUAUGCCGGCCAAUACGCCAUCGACUGCGACAAACGUGACUCGCUCAAGGACGUCACAUUCAAUCUGGCCGGGUACAACUUCACGCUUGGCCCUUACGACUAUGUCCUGGAGGUUAGCGGCAGCUGCAUCUCCACCUUCAUGGGCAUGGACUUCCCGGCGCCUACCGGGCCCCUUGCCAUCCUUGGUGAUGCGUUCUUGCGGAGGUAUUACUCGAUCUACGACCUUGGUGCCAACACCGUCGGUCUGGCUGAGGCGAAGUGA